UAGCUUUUAGCCACCGGGCCUCGUACUGCAGCACGGAUCAGGCCAAAUCCUGCCCACAUGUCACCAGAUACCGACAAAGCCGGUAAGAAAUGCACAGGCAAUAAGAAUUCUCAAUAAAACCACAAAGAAGUUGGAACUGUAAAGGCAAACAGGUGUUUGACAGCAGCCUGUGAGGCAGACAUGGGUGAUUCUGAGAAUGUGAAAACAGAGGAGCUGCUCGUUUCAUCAGAGGAGCAACAAUAUGUAAUUCUGCACUGCCCCACUGCUAGUCAUCAGCCUUCUCUGACUGGGGAAUCUUCUACUAUACAUGACUCACUAAAGGAGAAAGAGACUGAGACAGACGAAACACACCCUGACGAAAUGAUGGAGCAGUCUAAGGAGGACCAAAACAUCUUGGCAGCACAGAGAAUCACUAGGUCAGCUGUGGAACCAAAACCCUUGCAACCCAAUAGCAUAAUAAUUCGAGAAAAAGAUCUCACCUGUAAGACCGGUAAGACGGAACUCAAACAGGACAAUAAAUCACACUUUCAUUCUUGUGAAGCUGAUGUUAACCAGGACCAAGAAUAUGACCCUAAGAUGUCCCUUGAUCUUAACCACCAGGAUUCAUGCAUGCUGGUCUGUCAGCACUGUCAAAAAAGGUUUACUACCAAGCAAGGCCUGGAAGAGCACAUUUGUUCCAUGUCAUCCUGCCACAAACAGAUAUUUAAAUGCCGCUACUGCAGGAAGUGCUUCAAUACACAGUUCUGUAGACGAAGACAUGAGAGAAGACAUAGUAACCCACAUAAAAGGACAGGUGGUCUCAUAAUUAGCCCUGUACCACAGGAUGUUAGAGAGACUCAGGGAAUGGUCGCUUUACAAGAGGGAGACCAACUUUCCCUGGGUUCGCUGCCAGUCAGCAACACUCCUGCGGCUAAUUUUAAAGGAAAAGGUGACUCCGAUGAAACUGGAGAGACUAAGUGCUCUUUUGCCUGCAAGUACUGUAAGAAAGCAUUCGGAAGUCAUACCAGCUUGAGAAGGCAUGAGCGAAGGAUACAUGAGCGUCGUCUGUUACCAAGAGGAGUCCGUCCGAAAGUUGCAAAUUCUCAUAAGGUUCAAAUUCAGCAUCCAGAUGGUGCGUCAGAAACUUCUUCCAUUACACAACAACAGCGUGAUGAGGUCAGGCAUGCAGAAGAGUAUAUGGUUGAUAUCUCCAACAACAUCUCUGAGAACCUCAGCUUCUAUAUCGAUGGGAAAAUCAUCUCCACCAGCGCUGUUUCCAAUUGCGAAGUGAUGGAGAUGAAUUCUGCUACUGCUGUGAUUGGGCUGGAUGCAUUAAUAGUCAACCCAGCUCAGAUUACACAGGCUCUUAAAAUAGAGUCUAAUGAUGGCAACAUGACGUCUGAUCUCAAUGGUCAAUCCUCUGGCAGAAGGAGGACCUCUACCCCACCUUUACUGCCACAAAUCAAGACGGAACUGGAGUCUGAAUCUAUCUUAACAACACCUUCCUCUUCCUCUGAAGGUACAUUAAUUGGCACUGUAUUUCCCCGAACACUAGAGACCAUUGUUUUACAAAAAGAGAAAACUAUUUAUCUGUCCCCUAAGCUAAAGCAGCUCCUACAAAACCAGGACAGCAGUAAGUCAUCAAUUUCUCUGAUCAGUGAAGGCCAAAAACUCUGCCCACCUUUAUCAUUAACACUUUUACCUGCAAUAAGUAGCAGGUUUAAAAGAAGGACAACAUCCCCUCCUAACUCUCCACAACAAAUCAGUGCACCCAUUGAAAACCUUACCAGUGUACAGGAAACUGACUCUUCUGCACCUAAAGUGCCAAAGCUAGACAGUAACAUGUCUGCCGUAAUAAGCUUAUCUAAAAAAGAGGAAAAUGAAAUUGAAAUUGCAGCUACAAGCAGAAUUAAAACCAUUCAAGAUGUUCUGCCAUUGGAUUGCUCUGCCCCAGGGACUGGCGGUAGGUCAUGCAAUCAGCAGCCACUAGAUCUCUCCAGUGCUGUGAAUAAGAGAGACAGUGACAUCUUGGAUGACUGUGUUCUGGAUCUGAGCAUGAGUAGAAAGACUACAGAAUCUGACUCAACUGGAUGUUUAGUCUUACAGACAUCAGCUAAGAGAACUAAACCCAACUCAAGCAUGUUGGAGAAAGUGCUGUUAAGCCAAUAUGCUGCAGUGGAUGUUUCUACAUCAGCAGCUGAAAAUGCUUUACCAACAAAUGUAGCCGCAACAACUGUGUCUGAGCCACUUCAUUCUAACCCUGAAAGUGUUAUGAUUGAGCUGCCCACACCCUCUCCUGGACUGAAUGCAACCCCUUCUCCAGCAAAUUCUGCUGCACUGGAUACUGCCUCUUCAGCCCAGCCCAUUUCGGCUACUCCAGAGCCUGCUGAGAUAUUUCUUCCAACAGAAACAUGCAUAACCAAUCAAGAGCUUCACCCUAUUAGCACCACUGCUCAGUCUACCAGUCCUGUACCACUUAACACACCCAUGGAAAUCUCUGUUGGAAAUUCUUUGGCAGCUUUUAAUGUGACUCUUCCCAAUUGGCUUAACUCUGCCCCUGUAAGCGUUACCGAUGCACUUAUCCCCACAACACCAACUCUAAGUUUACAAAGUCCUCAGUUUCUUACAGAUACAUCUGUGUGUGAUCUAGCACAAAGGACCUUGGUGAUUGAUUCUGUCUUGUCACCUGAAGCACAUAUAAUUUCUCCGAUGUUGGUAAACCAGUCAAAUAUCAGUUCUCUGAGAUUUUCUCCAAAUGUAGUUGUUAUUGAAUACACUGUUGCACUGGAGUCAUCUAAUAUGACCUCUGGAACCCAAGCUAAUGCCUUUGAUAAAACACCACCAGAUCACAUUGAGGCACAAGAACUCCAGGCUUCAUCUCAAAUACAGAGUGUCAACAUUGAGCCAUCAGUUCCAGAAAUGACAGAAGCUGCCAUUGUUGAGGCUCAAGAUCAACUACUGGACUCAUCCUCUACUGAACAAUCGUUAGAGAAUUCAGUAGCUGCAGCCCUGCCAUCACUUGUUCACAGUGUUUCAGAAAAAGUAGAAACAACAGAGGAGUCUGGAGAAAAUUCAUCCUUAACUGAUGAUCUCAAACUGGAAACCUCAGACAUUUCCAUAAGGCAUAUGAGUGAUGAGCAAUCUCACUUGCCCCCCCUGUGUAAGCGCUUCAUGUGUAAUGCUUGUGAUCAGCUCUUCCAGUCCAUGAAGGGACUGAGCCAGCAUAUUGGUGAACAUUCAGACACUUGGCCAUACAAGUGUGAAUUUUGUGUGCAGUUGUUUGAAAGUGACACUAAUUUAUUUGAGCACCGAUUCAGUUAUCAUGGCAUUGGUAAAAUCUAUGUUUGCAAAAUUUGCUCAAAAGGGUUUGCCUUUCUUUGCAACCUAGAGCAACAUCAUCGAGAUCUCCAUCCUGGUCAGGAGUGUUCACACACUGAAGUUGAAAAUGGAAAGUUAAGACCUGAAAACCACAAUACUCCACUAAGGGCUGAUACUGUUACCACAAUGUGUCAUACAAAAGACAAACGUAGUCAAUUUUACCAAACAUCUUCAAAACCAGAGGCUGACAACAACUCAGAAAGCACUACUGAGGAGUUAUACACGACUAUCAAAAUUAUGGCAUCUGAAGGUGUCAAACCCAAAGUGACAGAUGUGCGGCUUGGUAUUAACCAGCAUUACCCAAGUUUUAAGCCCCCUCCAUUUCCUUAUCACAACCGGACACCAAUUGGGCCAACCACCACUACAGCCACUAAUUUCACGACUCAUAAUAUUCCACAGACUUUUAGCACUACCGUUCGCUGCACCAAAUGUGGCAGGGGCUUUGACAACAUGCCCGAACUGCACAAGCAUAUAUUAGCCUGUGCUAAUGCUAGUGACAAAAAACGCUACACUCCAAAAAAGAACCCCAUUCCACUCAAGCAGUUCGCAAAAGUGCAAAAUGGAGUAUUGUUGCCUGCUAAAGGAGUCAACCUUAGGCAGAAUGUUUCUCAAAAACCUGGACAACCAAAAAAGCUUCAUUGCCAUGAAUCAGAACCUAAAACUAAGCUGAGCACUCAUAGCAAGAGGAAAUCUGUGUGGGUACAGAGAGGCAGGCCAAUAGGGCGAAAGAGUUCACACGAGGAGCUGGAGGUUUAUGUUUGUCCUCAUUGUAGCAGGGAGUUCACUUACCAUGCCAGCCUAAAGAAACAUAUGGCUUUUAGCUGCCCAAUGAAACCGAUUUGCAGGAAGCCUCCAAAAAGAAAAAGUAGCAUUGCAUCCACACAGGAAAAUCAUGGACGUAUCCGCACACGUGUCCCAGACGUAAUAAUGAAACCACAAAGGUUAAAUCCGGGACAGAAAUCCUUUGAAAAAAAACAGAGCAAUGAGUCUGGAUCAGAAAGUAAUGUGAAUCUACCGGUCAAGGCUCAUAUUGGCAAAGGUAAAAUCAACGUGCGGAAUUAUAGGCCUAAAACAUCUGAUAUUCUCUCCAGCUCAACAGUUCACAUAAGUAAAAAAAAUAGACUUAUUCUGAUGGAAGCCAUUCAAUCACCGCUGACAUCCAAAUCUUUAGUAGCACUGGGGAAAUCUCAGCAGCAGAGUAAUGGGGUACAUGGCAUGGAUAGUCCAAUAAAACAAAGAGAUGUAGAAUUGAAGCCCAGCACAGAGGCUUCUGUGCGAGUACGAGGUCCCAUUACCCGCAGACUACAGCAGGUUACAUCUAAUGUUGUGUCUAAUGCUAAUAAGAAGGCUAACAUAGCAAAUUCAUCUAAAUGCUUAGUCCAGACAGAUGACCAGAAUGUUGCUGCACAUCAAGCAUCUGCAGAGUCAAAGAAAGAAAGUCAAAAGACGUAAAAAAAAAACAGUUGAUCUUGAACUAUGACGGUUAUCUGUAAAUAAUAUCAAUUGAAGGUUAUGUGUUUUAAUUUAAAUAGGAAACUUUAACAUUAUAAGACAGGGGUGUUAACCUGGAUUCAGAAGGAACUGGUGUGGGUACUGGUUUUCUUUCUACCCUAGCAGAAGCCAUACUUGAUUCCACCAGUUUAAUUAGAUGUCCUUGGUUUUCAGUAGAUCAUUAGGUAUGACUGCUGCUUGUUUGGAGUGAAACCCUGAAAUGAGGAAAUCCUGAAUGAGAAUAACAGCAAAAAAAUUCCAGAACUGUAAAAAAAUAAAAUAAAAUGCAGCAUUGCUUAUAGGGAACUAACACUGAAAGAUUUGACUGUUUUCCUGUUUUUUUUAACAAAGUAAUGUAACUAUAUAGUAAGUAUGGUUAGAGGACGAAAGCAAAAAAAGCAGUGCAUAUGAAACUGGACUACUGGAAAACACUAAAUUGUGUCUUAACAAGCUUUUCAUACAUCAAAAUAUACUUGUAAAUUGGCCACAUAGUAUGAUAAUAUUUUUUUAGAGUAGAUAAACGCAUUACAACUACAUUAAACAAUUUCGUACUACUCCAGUAAGUCAUUAAAUAUACUGAGAUUAUUUGCCAAAAUAGUCAAUAAGGUAAGGAUUAACAAGUUGAUAACUAAAGAGUUCCAUACAUAUUUGCAAAAAUUCAAACUCAUGUGACUGUGUUGGCCUAUGGUGGAAACUAAAUUAAGGUGAAUAUGUCUAAGAAGCUGUAUGCACUUAUAAGGAGGGGCUCUAAUCAUUUUUUAUGUAUAAUGUUAAUCCCACCCCAAUGAACCCUCUAUUAAUCAUUCUACCCCCUAUCUAAAUAAUAAUGCACUUAUACUGAUCAGCCAUAAUGUUAAAACAAUUGUCUAAUAUUGUUUAGGUCCCCCUUGUUGUUCGCACAGCCGUUAUUUUAAUAUCAUAGCUGAUCUGUGUAUUUUGUAUAGUUAAUCACUAUCAGCUUUUCCUACAUCAGCUGUUACUGUAGGUAAAACAAUACUUUAAUCAGUGAAGCAGCUAUAGUGUGGAUUAUUACUCAUUCUUUUAAACAUCUUCACAUAGCAAAAAGAAAAACAAAUAAAAACAAUAGAUUUGAUUACAUUAAGACAAUGUUUUUUUUUCCUAUAAGCACUUUAUUACAAUCGUUUGUUUCACACUGCAAUAAUUGAUGAUUUUUGAAGACUUUAGUGAAUUACUGAAUAUUAAUGUUGGUUCAAACAAGAAUACCUUUACUCCUCAUUAAGCAGACUCUUGUUAGCAGAUUUUGUUAAUUAUUAUUGCUGCAUAUAUCUGAUACAUGUAAAUGUUGUGGCUGGUAGAUUGGCAGUAGACUGGCAGGUAGACUGUCCAAUUAAAGGCACACUUCCGUAUGGGCAAGGGUGUAUGGAAUAGUAUAAAUAAAAAUGAAACAGUGAGUAAAACUAGGUAGCGAUGGCACUUCUACCACAUCACUCUCACAUUGCGUUUUAUCCCUGUAAACAGGCAACAUCUGAGACAGGAAACAUGCAAUUUGUUCUGAAACUUAAGAUUAUUAAGCACAUAUGAUCAGCUCUGUGUAGCAUUUGUUGUGUUAAUUAUAUUGGUGUCCUUAUACGUGUAUGUUUUUAAAAACAAUUGUUCUGUGAUUUGCACAAUCCAUGUUUAUAAGCCUAUAAUGUGUUGAUUUUUGGGAACAGUAUUGUUGAUACCACAAAAAAGAGCAAGCCUUAAAGGUUUCUGGUGAGACUGUAGCUUUGCUGAGAUAAGCUGCUUUAAUAAUAAAUUAUAUUUUGCUUUGGCACUGAAGAACUGGUGUUAAAUUAGGAUUUGUCCAAGUAUCACUAACAGGGUUUUUUGUUUUUGAUAAUAGGUACAUGAAGGGUAAUAAGGGUUUAAAGGUAUAUGUUUACAUAUGAAAUACUUUUUGUACAUAACGAAAGAUUAGUAAAAUCAAAGUACAUAAGCAUGGGCGUACAGUCUCCUACUUGAAUACAGCUGGUUAUUAAACAGUAGUAUUUAUCAGAUUUGAGACCUUAUCCUUUUUUAGCAAAUAAAAUGAUUUGAUUAAUUUCACAAAUGUUAGUUUUAAUUUUAAACAUCUUUUAGCACCUUGCAAAUUACUAUUAUUUCACCAUCUGAGAUAAUAUUUGCUCUCAUACUACCGAACUAACAACACUCAUGUACUUAUACUAAUGGAGGAGCUGUGAAUAAACAGGAUCUAAAAAUCCUAAUUUUACUUGUGAUAUGUCUGUGGAAAACUGAUGUUAACAUCUAAAGCAUGUCUGUUUGAGCCACAGUGCUUUUGAAAUGCUGUUAUGUAUGUUAAAAUAAAUUGCUCUGUGAUUAAAAAUACAGGGAGACCAGA